AUGAAGAUCACCAAGAAAUUUGACCGCGCCUUCCAUUGGGCCGGCGAAAAGAUGGGCUCCGAGGCCAAGACGAGCCACUCUGACGAAUUCAAGAUGCUAGAGACCGAGAUGGCCCUGAGGAUCGACGGCGCCGAGCGCCUGCACAAGUCUACGACGGCCUACGUCAAGUGGGCCGGGAAGCGGAACGAGGUGUUUGAGGAUAAGGAGAAGGGGCUUCCGGGGAGUUAUUUGGGGAGGACGAUGGUGAGCCAUGGCGAGGACUUUGAGCAUGAUUCUGAGUACGGAAACUCUUUGAUUGCUGUUGGUCGGACAAACGAACGACUUGCUAGUAUCCAGGAACAAUACACGGCUGAGAUCACGAGCACGUGGCUCGAGUCGCUCAACCGGUCCCUCGCCAUGAUGAAAGACUACCAGGCUGCCAGGAAAAAGCUCGAAUCGCGCCGACUCGCCUACGACACAAGCAUCUCCAAAGCCCAAAGAUCCAAACGCGAAGACUUCCGCCUCGAAGAAGAAGUCCGCUCCUCCAAAGCCAAAUUCGAAGAAGCCAACGAGGACGUCCUCCGCCGCAUGCAGGACAUCAAGGAGGCCGAGACUGACAGCCUCCGCGAGUUGGGCACUUUUCUCGACGCCCAGCUAGAUUUCCACGAGCGCUGCACCGAGGAGCUGAGACGCGCGAGGGAAGAGCUGGCGAGUGCUUCGAGGAGAGGGUCGAGUGGGGGGCGGGUUACGGUGUCACCGCCUAGGAGUCGGCCGUCGUUGUUGAAUUAUUCGUAUAGCUCGUACACCAGCGAGAAUUCGGUUGGUCGAGAGCAGCAGCAUGUUUAUGAGGAAGAGUAUGAAGAGCCUGAGCAGCAUCCUGCGCAGAGAAUGGGCUCUGUACGUGUGUCGACGAGACGGCCGCCGCCAGAGGUCCCCUCGCGAGCGCAGACGUUCGGCAGGUCGAACUCCAUCGUCGGACGAUCGCCGCCCACGCCUUCGCCGAGCUUCGAACACCGCGUGUCUACGCACCAGAUGAUUCCCAUCCCGACGGGCAACAUGCGCGCGCAACUCCGCCCCGUCAGCAGGAUCAACACCGACGUCACCUCAUCCUCCUCGGGUUCCUCCUACUCGCGCGGUCAUAACAACGUCUUCACCGACGGAUACGACGACGAGACUCCCGACAGCGCCAGUCUGAGCCCCGAAUGGGGUCCGUCGGAUCGCUGCGCGAGUCCCGCUACGAGCCAUAGUAGUUGGAGCAGGAGCACGACGGGGAGUAGUUUUGGGCAGAGGAAGGCGCCGCCUCCGCCUCCGCCUUGUCGGUCGAAGAAGCCACCGCCGCCGAUUCCACCGAAGAGGGAGUUUUAUUAA